AUGAUCUGGUAUAUGUUGUUUUUGUUAAUCUCAAUAAACAAUGUGAAAGCGAAAGAAAUACUCCAAAAUACGAUCAUGAGUAAUCCAAUUAAUUCCGAAAGUUCUGAGUUUGCAUUAUUAUCUGGUACUGAUCCUGACAAUGAAUUGAAGCAGUUAGUUCCGCUAUGUAGAGAAUUGAAGAGCCAUUGUGAUAGCAUUGGCAACAGCGAUUCAAAUUACAAAUGGAAAGAAACAGAAGAUGUUAAAGAUGAAGAUAUACUUAGAGCAAUGAGUUUAGAAGAUGCUAUUAAAUAUCUUACAUAUCUAGUGCAGUUGGCUGCCUCACCUCAGCUUAACGUAAUGGAUGUUAUAGAAAAAUGUAGGUUAUUAUCAAAUGAAAUACAUCUUAAGGUUAAAGAACAGUGCAAUGAUUUAAACGAGUUGGAAAGUAAUGAUUUAAAAGAGUUGGCAAACAAGGCAGCACAGCUAAUUGAUAAAAUGGAAGCACUUAAGUUCGCCAAAUCUGUUUAG